UAAGCUGUUUUGCAAACCGCCAAUUAAAUCCAUCGCAGAAGAAGAAGCGAGGGGACGCAUCCCGGUGUUCAUCAUUUCAUACUAAGGUUGCAGCUUUUCGAGUGACCUGAACGCUCCAAAAUGGUGAAAAUAUUCAUCGGGAACUUGGCCCAGGAAACCACAUCAGAUGAACUUCGCUCUCUCUUCUCCCAGUAUGGGAAGAUCGCAGAAUGCACUAUUGUCAAGAACUUUGGCUUCGUGCACAUGGACGACAAAGCGGAGGCAGAAGAAGCCAUCAGUAACCUCCAUCAUUACGAGCUCAACGGUCAGCCAAUGAAUGUAGAGCUGAGCCGAGGCAAGUCGCGAGGAUCGGCUAAACUACACGUGGGGAACAUCGCCUGCACCAACCAGGAGCUGAGGGCCAAGUUUGAGGAGUUUGGAGCUGUGUUGGAGUGUGACAUAGUCAAGAACUACGCUUUUGUUCACAUGGAGCGAAUGGAGGACGCCAUGGAGGUCAUUAGUCAGUUAGACAACACAGCGUUUAAAGGCAAACUGAUGAGCGUGAAGCUUUCGACUAGCCGCCUGCGUACUGCGCCGGGAAUGGGAGACAGAUCGGGUUGUUAUCGUUGCGGGCAGGAAGGCCACUGGUCCAAAGAGUGCCCUCUAGACCAAAAUGGCUACCACAGAAACGGCUCAGAGCCAAACUCUGAUGGAUACGAUGCCUCGAGAUUCGGCGGGCGUGGUCGCAGCAGGGGUUAUCAUCCGGACUUCAGCGUCGAGCCAGAUUACGGCGCAGGCUACGCUCCUGUUCAUGGUUUUCCACGGGGUGCUGCUCACAGCAGCGCCAUGGCAGGGUACAGAAGGAGCACGGGCUACGAGAGUGCAAUGAGAUACGGGCCGCCCCCGGGUUACGGCAUUAGCGCUGGUGCUGACCAUAGCAUGGCUCGGAUGUACGGCAGCGAAGCAGCUUACAGGACUAACAGCUCAUUCUAUGGCGCGGUACCUCCCUAUCCCAUGCGGCGGUCGCCCUACGAGGAACGGGAUCCGUACGGUGUCGUGGACUACUACGAGAAGUACAGGGCCAGUUAUUAUGAAGAUCGUCGCGCUGUUCCCAUGCCUCCUCCUACAACCUCCUCCACGGGUUUAACGAGGGAGCGUCUGCCCCCCUCUAGCCACGACCUUUACGAGUGUCCUCCCUUCCCUCCUCCACCAGCCCCCGUCUCCUCAUAUUACCCACGUGAGCGGAGUCCGAUUCGGAGAGUCCCUGCCGAGGCAGAUGGAUACACAUACGAGCGCUCGCGCCUUUCCCCGGUGGCCGCCCUACAGAGAAGUUCUACCUACGAGGUUCCGCGGGAUCAGGGUGCUGAACGGGCACGAUAUGCUUACUGAUUCUUGUCCCAUGAAAUCUGGGGAGAGCUUGGUGACUUCUAGUGGGGGGUAGGGUAGCCGAAGUGCCAUUGGCAUCAAACAUUAUAUCUCAUUGGUAGGAUUAGCGGUACCAGUCAGAUCUCUGCAUGUAAAGCGUGUGGGCUGUAAGAACUUAGCUUAAAAAUCCAAACCGCUACUGAGUAGUCAUUCCAGGUUCAAAUAAAAAAUGCAGUAAGUCCUUAAAAGCUUUUGUCUUCUUUCUGUGUUGUUGUGCAGCUCUGAGAGAGUCUCGCCUUAUUUUAGAUGUUAAUUCUUUUAUCGAGGACCUUCUUGACGAGUGUAGUUACGUGUUUAUUAGGAAGACUUAGUUUGUAGAAACCAGUUACGUUAGUGCAUGUCUCGAGGUGUUUUCAGACUAUACAGCAGAUUUCUCCACACAUAAAGACAAUGCAAACAUACAGGAUUGUACUUUGUGAAACAUAUCGGGAACACGUCGUUUGCCAAGUUGAAGAAGUUUAACUAAAUUGAGAAAUUAGCGUGAAGCUGUUUUGCAAACGUCUUUGAAGUUCUGAGCUCCUCAUGUCCUGAGAUUGACCAAACCUCUCUUAAAAGAAGUUGUUUGCUUGACGUCUUGCAGACAGAAUUGACAUCCAGACUUUUGACAAAUCUGCAUCUUGAUGUUGUUUUUCUUCGUUAUUUUCUCUUUAUUGCAUUUAAACCUGCAGAAUCUGUUUGUUUUGGGUUCAUAGCGCUUUAAUAAGACAGAUUCAAGCCGAGUUUUGACCUGCAAGGAAGGGUGCCAAAGUUUUCCGAUACUUCUAUACUUUCUGAAACAACGUUUUAGAACUAUUCGCUAUUUAAUGAUCAACGGCAUCGAAGUGCCAAAGAUCUUGAGUAGUGUUGUAGUCAAGACCAUGCUAACUGAGACCAAGACGUACCCGAGACCAGAUUGCUCCGAGACCGAGACAAGACCAAGACCAUAAAUAUCUCUGAAAAAUCAUCAUCUUGGGUGCCACUCACCCGUAACACCGGGAAGGUUGAGGCAGUAUUCCUUCUAAUCACAGUUAUGGUGGAAAAAUAGAUCAGUGGUGAUCUUGACCGGUCUUGAUUUAAAACCCACAGUCCGCCUGGUCUGAGACCGAGACCUUCAUAAAGUGGUCUCUCGAGACCAAGACUGAUUUCAAGUACUACAAUAGUAAUCUUCAGUCAUAGCAUGCAGCAGUUUGUCUGCAAGAAGUCAACAAGUAUUGGAUGCCUCAGACUUCUGUUUUUGUUGCCGUGGUAACACAACAGGCGUCGAUAUUGUUUAAUUUUGACAAGAAUCACAAAUUGAGUUUUUAAAUUCUGGUAUCGUGACGACCCUACGUGCUCGAUAGCGGAGAGAUACGGAGAAGGUUACUUAAAGUGUUAUGAACCCAAACAGGACUUCAGAUUGCCGCUGUAUGUGAAAGGGCAAAUAUUUGGUAGUUGUGUUGAAAACCGUGAACAAACAUAAGUGAUCCUUUUGGUCAAACUUGCGUUAGAAAACAGAUGAAAAAUUGCUACACUUUCAGUUGAAAUACACUUCAAGGGUUACAAUUUCCUUAGCAGUAUGUCAUGUAUUGAUCUGUGCAUUUAAGUGUUUUUUUUUACAACUUUAAACCAGGCGUUUUCAGACUGAGGGGUUCAGGUUCGUUUUUGAGGUCACACGACCGCUGGAAUAGCCAGCGGGUGGUUGGUAUACUCGCAUUACAUAUUGCAACACGGAGGAUUGCUUGGUCGUAGCCGUUGGUUUGUUUUGCCUCGUGGUAGUUCAAAAGAAGACUUCUUUCUGAAGCAGUCGGACUUCAUCGCUGGCCUCUUUUAUUUGUGUUUCGGUCCAGGCUACCAAGCUUUUGUAGGAGUUUGAAAGCUCCCAUAUCGUCCUCAUGUUCUCCUUUCAUGUCGUCAGUCUGUGAAACCUUUAGAGCAGCUUUAUAUGAUCUUAUUGAUCUGAUACUGGAGUCAGUAAAAACCCUCAUUUCAGCCUUUCAGCUGCUGUACUUUAAGCCCCCCCCCCUCCCCAUGUGCCCACUCUCUUCUGAUUGGCCAGCUCUCUGGAAGCCUUCCUGGGGAGAACAGAACGCUGCAGGGCUGCCAGGGGAGGGCUGCUCUCCAGGUCUGGGAGAAGAGAGUCUAUGUAAGAGGUUUCAGUGGUUUACGUAAAGGCUUGAAGCCAUCUGAUGAAAUUCUUGGUUUCAUAUCGGGAACUAUGGCGUGAUUUACAGAACAAGUCGUUCAGCGCCCUCUGCAGACUCAUCCUGGGAUUACACCAACAUAUGUUUACCUCAUGAUCUGAAGCUUUGACCACGUUUAGUUUGAUCAUCCAGCAUUGUAACUCUAUAUGAGAGUUUUAAAAUCCCAUUUCUUGCCGGUUGAACCCCUGGUCUGAAAACGCUUUUGUUACAUGUUGCAUUAUGUGAAGCUAAAAUUGUAGAAAACUGUGCGCUUCAUCGUCUCCUCUGUUUAACCUGUGAACUGUCGCUCUUUUACCAAAUAUGGAUCUGCACAGUAGUAAAAAAAACCACAUGGUUUCCUUUCUGUGACUGGGUAUCAAACCUUUUGUGAAAUUAUUUUUCUGACGGUGCAUCCUGAUCAUGUUGUUUUUGUGAUAUUUGACACAUCAGUUAAGAAAAUUCACUUUCAUUGUUGUAAUAAGUGUGAAGUUUCAUAUUAAACAAUUUAGUUUCAUGAUUAAAAUGACCUCUGAUGCC